UCAGCUGUUAUAUAUAUACUGUAACGCUAUCAGCGAUUUACCCUUUGCCAAGGAGGUGCUCACAUGAUCAGCAACAUGGCAGACACACCUCUGUUGAUCAUUCCAGAAACACAACGAAACAGAUAUGAAAACCUCUACAGGAAGUUUACCGACAGGUUUGGUCAUCCCCCGACAUUCUUUGGUCGAGCUCCAGGCCGGGUCAAUAUCAUAGGAGAACACAUAGACUACAGUGGAUACGGAGUGCUACCGAUGGCGAUCGAACAGGAUGUUGUCAUAGCAGUGUCCCAUGAUCAGGCGUCCAAUACUAUUGUUGUGUCCAAUACAGAUCCAGCUUUCAGAGAUUUCGAAUGUGAUAAAAAUGACAUAAAUCUGAACAAAAUAUCUCCGGAAUGGUACAACUACUUUCUCUGCGGCGUGCUCGGUGUACACCGCCAUCAGGGCUCGCAUAGGCAACACGUCGAGGGCAUGGCCUGCAUGGUUUCCGGAACAGUGCCGAUCAGUGCAGGCCUAUCUAGUUCCAGUGCCUUGGUAUGCUGUUCUGCUCUCAUCACCAUGCAUGCAAAUAGACGCUGUAUUCCAAAGGAUAAACUGGUUGACUUGAGUGCAGACUGUGAAAACUUCAUGGCAACGUCAACAGAAGGAGGAAACAUGGAUCAGGCGAUAGCGUUCAUGGCAGAGGAGGGGCUAGCUCAGUUUAUUGAGUUCUCACCAUUGCGCAUCACACCUGUACAAUUACCACCGGAAGUGGUGUUUGUGAUCACACACAGUUGUACUGAGAUCCACAAGGGAGCGACGGCCUGCUUCAACAUCCGUGUGGUUGAAUGUCGCAUUGCUGCACAGGUAAUCGCCAAGAAGAAGGGAUUAGCAUGGCGUCACGUUACUACCCUGCGGGAUGUACAAGAAAAACUUGGUUUGGGUCUCCUGGACGCUUUAGCUGUUGCCAAGGAAUUACUUCAUCCAGACGCUUACACAAAGCAUGAAGUGUGUCAGAUGUUGGAGGUGACUGACGAUGAGCUAUCUAAAACCUCGUUAAUAGCCUUUACAGAAACCGAGAACGUAUUUCACCUGCACAACCGCGCGAUACAUGUGUAUAGUGAAGCUGAGCGCGUGCACCAGUUCAGGCGUGUAUGUGAAAUUGAAGGCAAUGACCCUGACAAUCUACAGCAACUGGGCGAGUUGAUGACGGCCAGUCACUGGAGUUGCCAUCAUUUGUUUGACUGUAGCAGUGAAGAACUCAACAUUCUUGUCAAAACUUGCAUGGAGUCCGGUGCGCUAGGAUCACGCUUGACUGGAGCUGGUUGGGGAGGAUGUGUUGUUUCAAUGGUACCUAGAAAUAAAGUGGAAACAUUUCUACAAAAGGUAAAGGAAAACUUUUAUGCAAAUGAGCCAUCAAGAUCUGGUAGAGUGGAGACUGCGGUCUUUAUCUCCCAGCCUGGCGGAGGGGCAGCUCUUUACACGUUUUGACCGCAACAGACUGGUCAUUGACCAUGCAAACAUGACAAGCUCACUUAUGUUAAAAACAUCGCCUCCUCUGGACAUUUAUUAUGGAAAACCUUCAGAGAGCAUCAUGCUUGUCUCGGACAGAGUGCGCUCCCACACACUGAAUACCUCUCCUGGAAUCCAUUUAGUACGUGAAGUAUUCUAAACCAUGUGACUAUUUCAAACUUAUGUACCAUUUUAUAAUGUAUUUUCACAUUUUGAAGCGCUCGAGUUUCUCGGGUCAUAUUUACUUUAUUAUACGAGUUUCUAUAGAAAUCCUAUGGAACUGCAGGGUUGGCAGCAUGGAUGUGUACUGUGUACUGUGUUAUCUUUUUCUUUGUUAUACAUUUUGUUCUGAGUGGAUUUAUGUACUAUUAAACCAUGCCAGUGACGGUAUCAGAA